GCCCAGAGUGCAAUGCGACAUCGUUUUUUUCCUUUGAAUCGCCGUUUUCAGCUAUCUUCAUAGUUUUGAUGUGGAAAUUGGCACUACUAUAAUAGUGCCUAUACUUUCUUCCUCUCUCUUUCUACACACGCUUUCUUCCGCUAGUCUUCCUUCCUCUUCCUACAGGCCUCCUCUUCCUUUCCACUGCUAUACCCUUCUGUUCCACUUCCUGUUGCAGAUGCUUGCUUUGCUUUUCUUGUUGGAUAAAUUGCAUAGAUAUUAUAAACUUAAAUUUAUAAUAUAAAAACCCUUAAAUCUUUAUUACUUAAAAAACAUAAAUUUUAAGUCACAAAUUAUUUAAUUAGAUACCUAAGUUGAUAUUCUAUCUUUAUAAUUUACUCUUUCUUUUUUUGACUAUUGAUUUCAAAAGGCAGAUAUGCCUCCAGAGCUCGAACGGUGGGUCUGAAACGGAUUGACGCUGCAGUUGACUCCCUUCGCUUAAUGGUAGUGUGUCACUGGCAGGUGGGCUCGAAGUUGGGGUCCGCCCAGCCGCCGAAGUGUUCCGCACUGGCGUUUGAGGCUAUUAAGCCAAUAAAACUGAGCAAGCUCGAGUAUGAAGGAUAUAGCAGUGCUUAUAGUCUUGCACCAUAGGCGGUUGCUGGGCCUAGCGGACGGUCUUACAAGAUUCGUUGAGAUAUUCUGUGCAAGUGAAUGAAGAAUUCUGCAGGGCAUGUGAGGCAACUGGUGGCACUUGUGGGUAUGGAGUGAUGGAUUAGGCAGUUGUGUAUGUGUGGGAAUUUCAAUUCUACAUCAAAUUGUGAUUUAGGUGCAUUUUCCUUUGGGUUUUCUUUUCCUUGGGGCAAAGCACAGGUCUUCCCUUUGGUUUCCAUAAAACAGAGCUGUGGUUCCUGGAGGCUUCCUAGAGCUGUGAGUGGACGUGGUAAAAUUAUCCCCUUAUUUCUGGAAAUUUUGGAAAGAUCGUGGCUAAAUGACUUUGCUGUUGCAGUAGUUGUUCUCCUUGGUCAGCUUGGGAGGCUUGGAGUUGCUGCUUGUGGUUACAAGGAUAAGGAAGUUGUGAAUUUGAAAUGUAAAUUAUCUGGUUAUCUUUUGCUGGAUGCUAGCUUCAGAGCAUCUUUUCCUAUUCAAAUUGCUGCCGUUACUUCUUUACUAGGACUUAUGUCUCUCAACUUCGAAGAUGUUAUCCAGAGUGAUUUGAAGAUUCCAGAAGUUGCAAGUUGAUCUGUUUUUACUGAUCUUACAAGAAAUUGGUUUUCUUCAUUAGGCAAGGAGCAACAGUCCUUGUCGAUCUGCCUCUUACAGUCUGCUGCUGUAGUUACAAGGUGAAUGUAAAGCUACUCUGACCAUGUUUUUCCCGUCUGGGGUGAGGCAUUCACAAUAGAAAGUAUUUAUUAUACAUUUGAACUAUCAAUGUAGCAAAUUUUAUGGGGUCUACUAUUUAAUGAGUUUUCUCCAAUGAGAAUACAGAGAUUAGAAUUUAGCUAAAUUAAAAGGUUGGAAUCAUUUAGAUUCUUUUUUUUUUUUCUGAAGGAUUCAAAUGUAAGUUUUAGCAAACAUUGAAUUUUUGUGAUUUAUCCUUGAAAAACAAAAUACCAUCUCAACUCAA